CAACCUUUUUAACCACCAGAAACCUCAGCGUCCAGCGCCAUUGGGCUGGAUCCCUGCCCUUGGGAGCUGCUGCCAGUAUUUUAUUUCUGGGGCACCGAGUGAGAGCCGCCAAGCCCAGGCUCGCCGCCUUCCUCACCUUGGGAGAACGGCCACCAACUUCUCCUAAAGGCCCAGCCGGGAUGAGUUAGCCCGGAUUAAUAAAGACUUGACCGACCCUCACCCACCCCCCGGGUCGCGCGCAUUCAGUCCCCUGCGUUUGUCUCUUGCUCGGUAACGGGCUGGGGGGGGGGGAUCUGGGGAGGGGAGCUAGGGUGACAACACAGAUUACUGCCCCCCCCCCGGCAUUUAUUUUCUCUUCCACUCAGUUCCUUUCUCCCCCAAACCUCGCCUACAAGCUGCCUGCAGCCCGAGGGUGUCGACAGCGGCCCUUGAGCCCCCCAGCCCCAAUCCACAGCGCUCGGCUUUCCCAUUCAUUAUUGAUCAUAUUUUAUAAAUCCAACGCCACACAAUUUUUUCCACAUUACCGGGAGCCGUGGGGAGGCCGCCCGGCCAUUGGCCGAGGGGCUGUCACGUGGGCGGGGUCACAUGGUCCGGAGAGGAAAAAGGGGGUCCUUUUUGGUGUAAAUCUGGACUCUAAUUCUGUAAUAUAUCAAGGAAUCUCGUAAAACCGACACUAAAACGUCCCUGCCUACAAAUCAUCCGGCCAAAUUAUGAGUUCAUUGUAUUAUGCGAAUGCUUUAUUUUCUAAAUAUCCAGCCGCAAGUUCGGUUUUCGCUACCGGAGCCUUCCCCGAACAAACUUCUUGCGCGUUUGCUUCCAACCCCCAGCGCCCCGGCUAUGGAGCGGGCUCGGGCGCCGCCUUCGCCGCCCCGGUGCAGGGUCUGUACCCCGGCGGGGGGGGCCUGGCGGGCCAGGGCUCGGCCGGCGUCUACACGGCCGGCUACGGGCUCGAGCCGAGUUCCUUCAACAUGCACUGCGCACCCUUUGAGCAGAACCUCUCCGGGGUGUGUCCCGGCGACCCCGCCAAGGCGCCGGGCGCCAAGGAGCAGAGGGACUCGGACUUGGCGGCCGAGAGUAACUUCCGGAUCUACCCCUGGAUGCGAAGCUCAGGGACUGACCGCAAAAGAGGCCGCCAGACCUACACCCGCUAUCAGACUCUGGAGCUGGAGAAGGAGUUUCACUACAAUCGCUACCUUACUAGGCGGCGGCGUAUCGAGAUUGCACAUGCGCUCUGCCUCACCGAAAGACAGAUCAAGAUCUGGUUCCAGAACAGGCGCAUGAAAUGGAAAAAGGAAAAUAAGACCUCAGGCCCAGAGAUCAGUGUCCAAGACAAGACUGAAGCAGAGGAGGAAGAGGAAGAGUGAGGGACAGAGAAAAUGCAGAAGAAAAGAGAGCGAGAGAGAGCGAGAAGGAGAAGCCUACUUAUGAGAACUGAACCAGGAAACUCAAACGGGGAGGGGGGGAAACUCUAUUUAAAUAAAAGCAGGUUUUUUUUUUAAGGUUAAGGAGAAAGAUGAAAUUUUGGUUUCUCAACACUGUAAAAAAAUACUACCUAUAGGAAAGUCUGCCGGGUUUGUUUUGUACAAUAUGGGAAAGGUAUGAUCUACCUGCUCUGUAGCUUUCUGGAAUUUGCCUUCUCUUUUCUAUGUUGCUAUUGUAAGGUCUUUGUAAAAUUUUGCUGUUUUGUAAGCUGUCUUUCUUGCUGUGUUUGUGGACCGUGGAGUAACAUGUGGUUCCCUGUGCGCCCACUCUCCUGAGCCUCUGCCUUCCCAGUAGCAUACUGAAAGGGCCUUAGGGAGCCCCAAGGAACCACCAACUAGCUGGCUAGCUCAUUUGUCCCCAUGCACCUGACCAUGAUUCCUCGUUCCCACCAGCCACCCCAGCUCCUUUUUACAUUCUAUGUAUAGCUGAAGGAUGGAAAAAUAA